UCCACGUUCAUCUCCACCCUUUGUGAUGAGAUCUAGAGUCUUAUAAAAGAACAUCUUCUGCCUGAUCUGAGAGAAAACAACUGCUGGUGUUAUAUAUUUACAACACAACACAACACAAGAACAAUGAUUGCAUCCAAACUCCAGGAAAGUGUUGAAGUGAGAAUUGCACGCUCUCUACAUACAAAGGAGGAAGAGUUUGUAUUUGAACGGAGAAAAAAAGUUUUUCAAAGCCUGCAGAAACUCAAGAUACACUGCAGUAAGGAUGCUGUGCCAAACAUUGCAUUACUGGGUUCUGGAGGAGGACAAAGAGCCAUGGUGGGUUUGCUGGGAUCCCUGGAUCAGCUUGAUAAAGCGGGUCUUCUGGACUGCAUCCUUUAUCUGAGCGGAGUCUCUGGAUCCACCUGGUGCAUGGCCUCCUUAUACCGAGAACCAGACUGGUCCACCAAACUAGAGACUGUGAAGGACAAAAUCAUCAGGAGACUCAGCGGUUCAGGAGUCAGCUUUAAAGACAAACUAGCCAAACUGAAGAAAUAUUACUAUGAGAAAGACCACUUCAGCUUGACUGACGUCUGGGCAGUGAUGGUCGUCACAGAAUAUGUGAAAGAGAUUGACAAAUGCAAACUGUCAGAUCAGUGGGACCAGCACAAAGAAGACCCAUUUCCAAUCUACACAGUGAUCGACAAGCAAUCCAAACAGUGCAAGGACGAGGAAGACAAAGAUGACCCCUGGUUUGAGAUCAGUCCACUUGAAGCUGGUUAUUCUCUCACUGGAGCGUUUGUGAAAACAUGCAGCUUCGGCAGCCAGUUUGACAGAGGCUCAAAGACAAAACCUCAGGAUGAAAUGGACAUGCUGUACCUGCAAGCUCUGUGUGGCAGCGCUUUAGCUGAUGAAGAUGAAAUUAAGAAAUUCCUCUGGCAAAAAAUAAACGAUUUCUUUAAAAAAUUAUCUCCUAAAUGGCCGAGCAACAAGGAAACAGGGAAAGAUCCUAAAGCCCCAUCUGCAGAAAAGGGUUACCGGGUUCUCAUGGAUCUUGCUAACAUGAAUCUCGAUGUUUUGAAUGGCAAAGAUCCUUCAGAUCUUGAUCAAUCCAUCAGAAACACACUGAACGAGCUCAGUGGAGGCAAACGUCAGCUGAUUUUUCCUAUAGAAAAACUGAAUCUCAAAGAUAAAGAAGCUGCAGAAUGCUAUAUGAAAGAACACACUGAAGAUGUGUGUAAGAAUUUGAAUAACUGGUUCAGUUUGUGGCCUUUUGAUGUUUUGACAAGCAUUCAGAAAUGCAUGGCUCAGUGGAUCUGGGGCAGGAAAUAUGGCUUUCUCCAAAACAUCAAUGAUGAAACCUUGCCUUCUACUCUUCUGGAAAGUGAUAUAAGAGAUUAUGAAGACACCGGACUGCUGCUGAACUCACCCUACUUCUCAGUGCUGAGAAAAGAAAGAAACAUUGAUCUCAUCAUUUCCCUGGAUUUCAGUGAAGGCGAUCCUUUUAUGACAGUGAGAGAAGCUGCUAAGAUGUGCAAGAAACGAAACAUCCCUUUCCCUGAAGUCAACAUCCCCAGUGAAGACCUGAAGAACCCAGAGGACUUCUAUGUGUUCAAAGGCACAAACACUCCAACCGUGAUUCACAUCCCUCUGUUUAAUGUGGUCAAUUGUGGAGAUGACAUUGAUAUGUGGAGGAAGAAAUAUACCACCUUUCAGGAUUCCUACAGGGAUGAGAUGAUCUCUGAUCUUAUGGAGGUCGCUGGAAAAAACAUCUCAAACAACAGAGAGAAACUGCUGGAGCAGAUAGGUGCAGCUGUUGGGCAGAAAGGACACAACUAAUGAGUUGAAUAACACUGUUCAUGUAAUUUUAUUUCCCCAAACUGAUUUCUCCUUAAUAGGCUAGAAGAAAGUGUUUUCAAGCCAUUUCAAGUCUGAAUGUGACGUGACAACGUCUAAUUGAACUGUUGACUUACGUUUUAACUAGGCUUCUCAUUAACACCAUAUAUUCGAGGAUGCGGUGCAUGGAAAUAAGAGGCGGGUUUAUCGACCAAUCACUGCCCUUUUCUGUUUGAUAUAUUAAAAUACAUUUCUGCAAGUUUGAGUCUGUUCCUUAAUGCUUGACAUUCACUAAGCAAAAAAUAGAUGAUAAGCAAAUCAACCAUAGCCUACUACAGACUUGAUAACAACUAUGUGUGCUUCUGUAAUGAAUUAAUAAACUGCUCUCUAAAAAUA